GGUAGUGGCCGUCAGUACUUGCUUAACCGUUGGACUGUUAGUAAGCGCGAAUACGCUCUCCAAGCACUUGGGCUCACCGAUUUGGCGUCUCCCUCCGCGUUCACCUCCCGCGCGUCGCACGGAGAGACGCAGAACGCCGACGACCGUCUACGGUGAUCCUCCCGGUCUACGACGAUCGUUCGGGUCCGGUGAUUUUCCCUUGGUGCGGAGGAAGUUCAUCCGCUUCCGUCUCUGGCCAGCAGGCUUUCCUUCAUCGCAGGUCCUUAUCUUGGAACAUGGAAUGGCUAGGCAUUCUAUUGUUAUCGGGAAUAAUCUCAAAUGUAGUUGCAGAACCGUAUUACACUAUUAUUGCGCCGAAAGUGGUACGUCCUGAUUCGGAAUAUCAUGUAGCGGCAAGUAUCACCGGCGUAUCGACACCGUCAAUGAUAUACGUAGAACUGACUGGUGAACUCGAUACGGGAAAAAUAUUCAACAUUUCUCGGACCGCAAGCGUGGAGCCUUAUUCCACACAGAUUUUGCGAUUAGACAUCGGCGAAACCACGCCGGGAAAAUACAAACUCACAGCGCGCGGUCUGUCCGGUAUUGAUUUUUUCAAAUCGAAGGAUAUCGAGUAUGUGCAUAAAAGUUACUCCGUCUUCAUCCAGACCGACCGGGCGAUUUAUAAACCCGGUCACAAAGUUAUGUUUCGUUGUAUAAUACUGGAUUCGAGGCUGAGGCCGAGUAUCGUGGGACCAAAGGACGUGUACAUUGUCGAUGGCGACGGUAAUCGUAUCAAGCAAUGGAUUCGGCCACCAGUGACUCACGGUAUUUUCGGCAGCGAAUUGGAAUUGUCGCAUUCACCGGUAUUAGGCAAGUGGAAGCUUAUCGCCAAUGUCGGCGAUGAGACGUUUGAAAAGGAAUUUGAAGUCGCGGAGUACGUUCUGCCGAACUUUGAGGUGACGAUCGACUCGCCGAAGCACGUACAGUUCAAAGAAUCAAAAGUUACAGCAACCGUCCACGCAAAGUAUACCUAUGGAAAACCGGUAAAAGGUGAAGCUACGAUAACAGCUUAUCCAGAUAUAUUUUCUGGCGUAAUUCAACCGAUAUUCCAACAACCAGUGCGAAAAGUGUUACCGAUUAACGGAAAAGUAACAGUCGACUUCGAUAUACUGCAGGAAUUAAGAUUGACUGACGAAUAUGAAAGGCCAAUUAUGAUUGACGUGGUGGUGGAAGAAGAAUUGACUACUAGAAGGCAGAACGCCUCGACACAGAUAACGCUACAUAAACACAAGUACACGAUGGAAUUAAUAAGAACAUCGGAAUAUUUCAAGCCGGGGCUAAAAUAUACCGCUUUCUUGAAAUUUACAUAUCAUGACGGAUCGCCAGUACAAGACACCAAAAACGACGUCUUGAUAGCGUAUGGAUAUACGUAUAAUCAAUCGGCGUAUUCAAAUCUCACACGAAAAUUAGACGAGCACGGUAUGGUGCAACUGGAUUUUUAUCCGCCUAAGGCAAAGAACAACAUCUCUUUCCCCCUAAAUAUAGAGGCACAAUACUUAAAUCUUCAUGAAUGGUUCCCUUCAACUAAUCAAGCUAUGUCCGCGAGCAAUGAAUACAUCCAAGCAAUUCUGAAAACGGAAAAACCAACGGUGAACAACUACGUUGAAAUCGAAGUCAACUCCACCGCUCCGUUGAAAUACAUGAGUUACGAGAUACUCGGUCGCGGUAAUAUUUUAGAUGCAGGAUCGAUCUACGUGCAAGACAAGUACACGACAUCAUUCAAAUUUUUAGCGACAUACGUCAUGGCACCUACUGCGCACAUAAUUGUAUACUACGUACGGACAGACGGAGAAGUAAUUGCGGAUUCGUUAGACGUUGAACUCUCAGGAAUACUUCAAAAUCACGUCGAUCUUAAAAUGACACCUGGCGAAGUUAUGCCCGGGGAAAGCGUUAAUCUCGUGAUAUCCGCGAAACCGAAUUCCUUCGUUGGAUUGCUAGGCGUCGAUCAGAGAUCCCUCUUGCUGAAAUCUGGAAAUGAUAUCUCUUAUGAUCAAAUAUACAAGGAGCUGCAGUCGUACGACAAGGCAGAAGCAUCGCCACACUCAGAUGGGUUCUUCGGUCGUCCCCUCUGGAGACCUGGCUCGGGAACAGCGGACGACGUGUUUCAAAAAACUGGCGUGGUAAUCCUCACAAACGGAUACGUCCACGAGAACUUCCCUGUGCGUAAGUAUUAUCCUCGACCACAAAUUUUGGAGGGUAGAAUAACGGGCUCGCCUCAUGGGGUGUCCACGCUUCGACCAGACCUUGGUCCACCUGUCACGCACAGAUUAGCGACAAGACCACCGCUGGCAGGUCCUUACGCCUUCUCUCGCAUCCCACCCCCUGUCUGGAAUAAGCCCCGUGUAUUCCUAAUGCAUGACAUCUUAAACACCUGGCUUUUCACAAACUUCUCUUCAGGGUUGAGUGGAAAAACGGAAUUACGACGCACCGUACCGGAUUCUAUCACAUCAUGGGUACUGACCGCAUUUUCCGUCAAUGACGCGCAUGGAUUAGGCCUGAUAGAAGAACCCAGAAAGUUGAAAGUGUUCAAACCGUUCUUCAUAUCAGUGGAUUUGCCAUACUCGGUAAUACGAGGAGAAAUCGUAGGGAUACAGAUUGUGGUGUUCAAUUACAUGAAUAAAGACUUGACAGCCGAAGUUCUGCUAACAAACGAGGGACAAUUUGACUUUGCGGAAGUUUCUAAUGAAGUUCACGAUAUGCCGAAAUUGGAAUUAUAUCGCCGGAAGAAAGUUGACGUGAAAGCCAAUUCCGGCUCGAGUGUAUCGUUCAUGAUUAUUCCAAAAGAGCUGGGAUACAUCAAUAUAAAAGCGACCGCCAACAGCGUCUUGGCUGGCGACAGUGUCGAACACAAGCUACUUGUCAAUGCCGAGGGAGAAACGCAAUACAAGAACGAAGCGGUAUUUCUGGAUUUGAGAAAUGCUGAACAGGGGGGCGCAAAUGUCACUAUCAACAUACCUAAUAAUGCAGUUCCAGGAUCCGAAAACAUACAGAUAUCUGCAGUUGGUGAUAUCUUGGGCCCCAGUAUCCCGAACUUGGCAAACUUAAUAAGAAUGCCAUACGGAUGCGGCGAGCAGAAUAUGCUCAAUUUUGUACCGAAUAUCGUUAUUCUAAAUUACCUCAAGAAUACGAAUCAAUUAACGCAAGCCGUGCAAAGCAAAGCGCUAAAAUAUCUGGACAUUGGCUACCAGCAGGAAUUGACUUACAGACAUACUGAUGGUUCGUUCAGCGCGUUUGGCAUGUCGGAUCCUAGUGGAAGUACAUGGCUUACAGCCUUCGUAGCGAAGUCUUUCAAGCAGGCGGCUGAAUACAUAGCGAUUGAAGAUAGGAUCAUAAACGAUGCAUUGCAGUGGUUGUCCAAUCAUCAAGCACCGAACGGGUCUUUCCCCGAAGUGGGAAAAGUUAGUCAUCGCGAUAUGCAGGGUGGAGCUGCCAAGGGACUUGCUCUAACGGCAUACACGCUUAUUGCAUUUCUAGAAAAUGAGGAAUCUGUGGGAACGUAUCGUAAUACGAUAAACAAGGCCGUUGACUACAUCGUUCGUAAUAUGGACGGAUUAAACGAUACGUAUGCAUUGAGCCUGUGUGCCUACGCCUUAAAUUUGGCGAAGCAUCCACAAGAGACGUCGGCAUUCAACUUCCUGGAGUCGAAAGCUAUAACGAAACAGGGUACCAAAUGGUGGAGCAAACCCAUUCCGAAAGACAAUAAAAAUCCACACUACUUCUUACCGCGUUCCGUCGACGUCGAAAUGACGUCGUACGCCUUACUCUUGUAUCUUAGACGCAAUUUGAUCACAGACGCGAUUCCCGUGAUGAAGUGGCUCGUCAAACAAAGAAAUACAGAAGGCGGCUUCGCGUCGACGCAAGAUACCGUGAUUGGACUUCAAGCAUUGGCGAAGCUUGCUGAAAAAUUGUCAAAGGACACGAAUUCAGUUCGAAUCGCGUUUAAAUACGGCGAGGAAGAGGGUCAAGGCUAUAUGAAUAUAAAUAGCGGUAAUUCUAUGAUACUACAAAAGCAAAUACUACCUACAAAAACACGAUAUGUCAAUAUAACAGCAUCUGGUAAAGGUUUUGUACUGGUGCAAGUUUCCUAUCAAUAUAAUCUAAACGUGACUGGGGCAUAUCCGUUGUUUACAUUGGAUCCUCAAGUUGACAAAAAUUCCAACGCUAAUCAUUUGCAAUUGUCCAUAUGCUCAGGAUUUGUUCCAACUGAGGAAGCAAACGAGAGCAAUAUGGCUGUUAUGGAAGUAAGCCUGCCUUCUGGCUUUACAGUGGAUCGAGAUUCAUUACCGAGUUUAGAAGUGUCAUCGCAUGUAAAGCGUGUGGAAACUAAAAACGGUGACACAAUGGUGGUUCUAUACUUUGAUAAGAUGGUGAAACAAGAAUAUUGUCCAACCGUGUCCGCAUUCAGGACGCAUAAAGUAGCUAAGCAAAAACCAGUUCCCGUUUCUAUAUACGACUAUUACGACUCGUCAAGAAGAGCAAGAGCGUUUUAUGAGCCUAGAAAGACAACCUUGUGUGACCUGUGUGAAGAUGAAGAUUGCGAAGAUAUAUGCGUUUCAAAACCCGGUAAACGAAAGGACAAUGCUACAAUAUCCGCUGCGUCCUACGUUCAAGCUUGUGUAUAUUUGAAAGUUAUAUUCUUCUCGUUUUACUAUUUGCUUCUAUAGGUACUUGUAAGUAUAUUGUUAUCGAGAGAGUAAUUAUUUCAUUUAAUUAUAUUAUAAACUUUAAAUCUAACAGAAUAACGUAAAGAAGCUGUAUAAGUUGCGACCAAAGUAUAUAUACUUGUUAUACAGAGUAAAAUAUAAGAUUACAUUUUUUUUUAUUUAAUGUCCAAAUCAAACUAACAUAAGAUUUAAAUUACUGAUAAUACUAAGUUAAUAAUAAAAUUUGAUAAUGUUUCUUGUUAUUAA